UCCAGAUCAAAACCAACCGCUCUGGCAGGUUUUCGAUCUACACCAUGUUGACCAGCACGCGACGGCAUAUCGUUGGUUCUGCCGCGCGAUGUACCGCUAGCUUGCCCGUAGACGCGCUUCAGAAAAGCAGGUUGAUGACGACAGAUAGUGAUAAGGCGAAGUACACGCUGCCACCGCACCCACGGCUGAUACCGAAACCCUCCGAUGCACCCCUCACUUAUAAGGCAGACAAGUCUGUGGUUGAGAACUGGAAAAUUGCGAUGAAGACGAUGGACGAGAUGAUGCAAGAAAUAGACGCAAAGCGACCAAAGGUGUACCUGCCAAACAAAUUCAAAGAGAUGAAAGAAUACAACGAUACGGAUGGGAAAGUUGUGGUGUCCAAGCUAGAAUUGACACCCGUGGCCCAAGCCCCCGUGGUUCCUUCGCUCAAGGUGCAAAACUUGCUCGGGUCCGACUACGACGUCAAGAACGUCACGGGUGGCAAGCUUACAUUGCUGAUGACGUGCUUCAAGAAUUCUGGUUUCGACAACCUGGUGGGGUGGCGGCAAGCGUUUGAAAAAGCGUUUGGCGAGAAGAACUCGAUGGUUCAAAUUGUGCAACUCAACAUCAUUGAGGAAUGGUACGUCAGGCUUAUGCCUGGGAUGAUUCGCCGAGGUUUGCAAGCCAAAGUGCCCGAGGAACAGCACAACCUGACGCUGAUCUAUUACGGGGAAUGCAACGAAUUCCGCGCGGCCAUGGACAUGACCAAUACUUUCGUUGGCUACGUGCAACUCGUCGACGCCAAAGGUCGAGUUCGCUGGACCGCUGCUGGAAACAUCACGCCCGAAGAAAGCACCGUGAUGACACUCUUGACCUCCAAAAUUCUUGCGGAAAUCACGCAAAAACCCCGGAAAUAGUCUCCAGUUGAACGCAACAACGAUUGAAUACGCAUUAAAACUUAACUUGGCGGAGCAGCCGCUUGGCUGCAUUUCGCCACGGGAGCGGUUGCCACGCGACCUCGGC